UAUCUAAGCAAUCAAUCUUGCACAUCUCUUGGAUUUUUUUGUUAUUUGUCUCUUACAAGUGAAGGGUACAAUGGGUAUACAAAAACAACUACUCCCACUCUUUAUGCUGUUGUUAUCUUCUAACUCCUCUUAUAGCAUUUUGCAAGAGGACCCAUCACCCUCUACUUAUCUUAAUGAAGCCUCUGUUUACAACACCCAUGCCUAUCCUACUUACUUCAGCACCAUUAAUGAUGGAGACAAGAAGUUUGAGCCCAUUUUCAGGAACCUUAUAAACUAUGAAAAAACUGAAAUUUCUGCCUUGGAGCAACUUGAUCAAGUUGGUAGUUCUGCUACUUCAGUUAAAGUGGUUAAUGUUGAUGAUUAUGGAGCUAAAGGUGAUGGAAGAGAUGACACAGAGGCAUUUAAGAAGGCUUGGAAGGUAGCUUGUUCAUCUUCCCCUGCUGUUGUUGUUGUGCCUCAAAACAAGAAUUAUCUUCUUAAGCCGAUUACGUUCUCUGGUCCUUGCAAAUCUGAUCUUACAAUGAUGGUCUAUGGAACAAUUGAAGCUUCAGAUGAUCGAGCAGACUACGAAAGUGAUCGUCAACAUUGGCUGGUAUUUGAAAAUAUACAAAAUUUAAUAGUUGAAGGUGGUGGAAUCAUCAAUGGCAAUGGAAAUAUAUGGUGGCAAAAUUCCUGCAAAGUCAAUAAAAAACUUCCUUGCAAGUCUGCGCCCACGGCCUUAACUUUUUUGGAAUGCAAGAACUUGCUGGUGAGAAACCUCAAGAUCAAAGACUCCCAACAAAUUCAUGUUGAAUUUGAGAAUUGUGUCACUGUUCAAGCUUUCAAUCUCAUGAUAACUGCACCAGAAAACAGCCCAAACACAGAUGGAAUUCAUGUUACAGGGACACAAAACAUUCUGAUCAAGAGUUGUGUAAUCAAAACAGGUGAUGACUGCAUCUCAAUUGUAAGUGGGUCUUCAAAGGUUCAAGCUUCUGACAUAACCUGUGGACCAGGUCAUGGGAUCAGCAUUGGAAGCUUGGGAGCAGGUAAUGAAGAAGCCCAUGUUUCAGAUGUGAUAGUCGAUAGAGCUAGACUUUCUGGAACCACAAAUGGGGUCAGAAUCAAGACUUGGCCAGGAGGAUCUGGGAGUGCAAACAACAUCAUAUUUCAAAACAUUGCCAUGUACAAUGUCACAAAUCCAAUAAUAAUAGAUCAAAACUACUGUGAUGAAGAUGAGCCAUGCAAGGAACUGCAGAAGUCGGCGGUGCAAGUAAAGCAAGUGAUGUAUAAGAACAUCAAAGGGACAAGUGCUUCAGAGGUGGCUGUGAAAUUUGAUUGCAGCAAGAGCUUUCCAUGUUUUGGGAUUUCAUUGCAAGAUAUUAAUCUAGUAAGUGUAAGGGGAAGAGCUACUACCUCAUGUGAGAAUGUCAAAUGGACUCAAAUAGGGAGUGUUUCCCCAACUUGUCCUUGAGAGGAAGUGGAAGUUAGGUUUCUUAUACUGCUUAAUAUUUACAUACAAUGUGAGAUCAUGUAUGAU